UUUACACUUGGUGUCCUUUUUUGUCUUUUUUUUACUUUUUUGUCAAUACUGGGUUAUUUAAACUUUUAUACAAGUUUUAUUUUUCAAUUUUACAUUUUCAAAAGUUUCAUAAUUACAAAUAUACCUAUCCCUAUGCUUAUGUCAUGGUUUUCUCUCUUCUUACACUCCACCACUUCCAUAACUCCUCCUUUCUUUUUUUUGUUUUGUUUUUUUUUUUUUUAUUUUCUGUUUCUCUUUCCUUGGUUCUUCAUUACCACAACCCACGAUCAUCCCGUCCAAAGCCCUAACCCACGAUUUUUCAACCUCUCAUCUAUGUCACUAUCUCCAUUAUCUUCCAUAAGCUCUGUAAGUUGUUCCUCCCACAUUGUCUUCUCUUCUUCUAUAAAUGGCUACCACUAAGUCGGGUUCGAAGUCACCUUCCCCAGCUAAAAAAAUUUCUAAAAUUUCUAAGAAACCUCCUACAAAUUCAUCUAAAGUUGAUCCUAAGAUGAGUUUGAAGCGCAUUGCGAAGAAAGGAAUGAGUGAUGUUGCAGAGCCAUCUAGUUCUAAGAAAAGACCUUUUCCAAAUAAGAUUGAGUCUCGUAAGACAAAGAGAGCAAAAUCUUCGAAAUCUGCCAAGGAUGUUAUAUCUUAUUUUGAUUUUGAGGAUGAAGUGCAUGAUGGGGAAGUGAAGCCUAAAGUUAAAUCCAAGGUAUUGUUACCUUGAAUUUUCUCAUUUUCUUAAGUUUAAAAUUUUUAAUCACCCUUUAUUUUCUUUUUGUCAAUGUUUUACCUGUUUAUAAUGACGAUUUUAUGUUUUGUCUCAUUUUUUUUUUUGUAUUUCUUUUAUGUAUUUUUUGUUGAUGUUGUUUUUGUCUUGUUCUUUAGCGUUUUUUGGUUUUUUUUUCUGCUAUUAAACAGUUUAUAGCAUUAUUAGUUUUUCAGUAACUUAUGGCCUUGUUAUGAACAUUUGUUUAACUGUUUGUUUUCAGUUAUUUUUAGGUUGUUUAAUUUAAUUUCUUAGUUGACAAUUACUAUUUUAAUUUCAUUUUCUGCAUAUUGUUGUUAAUAUAUUGCUUUGAAGUUGCUCAUCUUUUAGGAUGAGCAUAUUGGAGUUGUUUUUUAAAUUUUGUUUUUUGGUUUUUUCCUGGUUGCUUAUUUUUUGUUUUGCAUUUUAGUUGUUGCUUGCAAUGUAUUUAUUUAGUUGUUCAAAUUUGUUGCUUAUGUUUUUUUUUGUUUUCCCUCUUUCAGGUCCAUGCUAAGAGCUCAGAAAAGUGUGAAGACUUUGACUUACCCAAAGAAAAAUCCUUCUAAGGUGUCUUUUUUUUUUGUGUUUUUUUAUAGUACAUUUUUGUUUUUCCCUUUUCUAUUGUUUCAUGUCAUUUGUCAUCAGUGAUGAUAAUCAUUUUUGUGUUGUCAACUUCUUUUUCUUAAUCCUGGUUAUUUUCAAGCUGUUGUACCAUUUCUGCAGCCACAAGCUUUGCGUAGUCGGUGAAGUCAAAAUAUUUAUUUACUCCUGUAGUUUUUUUUGUGUUGUUUUUUGGUUGUUGGAUGGUUGUCUCUGAUGUCACAGUCCCUGUCUCUAGAAAAAAUGUAUCAUCUUGAAUUGUGUGUGCAAAUAGUUGUUGCUUGGAAGUUGUUCCUGGGUUGUUUCCAGGUUGCUGCAAAUCUUCCUGUGCUGAGUUGUUGUCAUAUGCUGCCAUCAUCAUAUUUUUAUCUGUGAAAUCAACUAUUAAACAACUAUUUUGAAGCAUACGUUAGUUAAUAAGGAUAAAUUCAACAUUUCUUGUUUGGAGAUCCCAAACAACAAUUAUUUUACUGGAAAACAACUUAUAAACAACUGUUUACAGAUUCAAAUCCUGUAGCAUCUAAUUAUAUGCAUUAAUAUUUUUUUUUUGAUGCAAUUUGUUGUUGUUUUUUUGUUCAGGUUUAUAAAAUUUCCUGAUCAUUUCAAUUUUUUCCUGUUUUCCUCAAUUUAUAACACAUUCUCAAUUAUGUAGAAUAAAAAAAUAGGAAGAGGUUCAUGAAGAAAUUGUACUACCUUCAAUUCUUUCUUUGAUUCGCUUAUGGGUGAGUUUCAAUGAUUUCUCAAUGUCCUUUUCUUCGAUUCCUCUCCUUUGAACUCGUUAGAUUUUUGAUUGUAGGUUGUUUUUGCAUUUUUUGUACAGCAAUGGAGGUUUAAUACCUUUUUUUUUUUCCUAUAUGGAUUUUUCGGAUUUUGAUUGGUUUUUCGUUGAGAUCUACAUCUUGUUCAGAUCUGAUUUCCUUGGUUUUUGAAAAAAAAAAUGGUGGAGAUUUGGUUGUUUGGCGUUUCUCGGCUGGGUCACGAAGAAGGAGGUCUCUCCCCCGUUUUUUGUGGUUGGCUGGUAUUUUUGUAAAUAGAAAGUUUUGUUUUCUAUUUAUGUUUAUUUUUUCUUUUUAGGUUAUAAAUGUAAAUUGCUUCCCUUUUUAGUUUAUUAUAGAAAAAAUC